GACGCACCAAAACAACCCGGCCAAGCCUCCUCGCCACCCGGGGGGGACCCGGAUUGCCCCCGGCGAGGGCGCGACAGGAGCGGGCGCCGCUUGGGGACCCGACGGGGCCGGUUCCCAGCUCACAAUGGACAGGUAUUUUUUGCAUUUCCAGUGACUUCCAGAACAUUAUCCCCUGCCUUCCGAAAGAUCUCCAGGGACGGCCCCUGCCCGAGCACCACCAUGUUUGCUUCUCACAAGAUGGGCUUUCCCAGCGGGAAUUCCUCAGACUGCAUCAACGGUUCAGCGUGGAUCCUGACCGUCUUCCAUGAGUGUGCUCAGGACAGCUGGGACAUCGCCAGCGUGGUGCUGGGCCUGGUUUCUAUCGUCUGCUUUGCUGCCGCUUCCUUCCCUCAGUUCUACCUGGCCUGUAAAACUGGCAUUAUGGACCAGGCCCUGUCCAUAUACUUCCUCCUGGGAUGGCUCGGAGGUGACUCGCUGAACCUCAUUGGGUCCUUCUUGGCUGAUCAGCUGCCGCUACAGGUAUACACCGCCAUUUACUACGUGCUGGCAGACUUGCUAAUGAUCUCCCUUUACGUCUAUUACAAAAUCAAGAAUCAAAACAGGAUCUUUUCUGCUUCAAUCAAUGCUGUCUUCGCACUCACAGUCCUGGGAACAACGUCGGCGCCCUCCUGGCUGGGAGAACCUGCCUCUUCUCACCUUGGUGAUGGAAUGAUGUUCAAAAGCAGGAGACUUCUGUCCUCUGCAGACCACCCAUCAGGAUGGGAGCCCUUCACCAAAAAGGAAAUCUUUGGCUUUGCGAUUGGGUCAACUUCUUCGGUUCUCUACCUGCUUUCCCGGGUCCCUCAAAUCUACACCAACUUCAAGAGGAAAUCCACCACCGGGAUCUCUUAUUCUCUCUUUGCCCUGGUGAUGCUUGGAAAUUUGCUCUACGGCCUCAGCGUCUUAAUGAAAAACCCAGAUCCGGGGCAGGCGGAAGGCAAUUACGUUAUCCAUCACUUGCCGUGGCUGAUUGGCAGCUUGGGGGUUCUGUCCCUCGACAUUGUGAUCUCAUUCCAAUUCCUGGCCUAUCGGCGGAAAAGCCUGCCGGUCCUGGAGGAGAGAGACGCUCUCUUGGGCAAGCAAGAUGACCUCCUUGAAAGCUGACUGACGCCCAGAGCGGCUGUUGGGUCUUCCUCGGCAGAAUGGCAGCAGAGGGCUUUGGAGUCCGGCAACUCGAGAGCACCCAGGACUCGGCCUUUCUGUCCCAGAAAUCUUUCACCUCCGGAAGACCCUCCUUACGCGAUUGCUUUCCUACCUCUUAACAGAUGAUACCUUUGGGGGAAAAAAGAAGGAAAAUGAACAUGGAGGCACAAGAGCACACAUUGCUUGAUGGUGAACUUUCUCGGUGAAGCUUCCCCACCUCGCCCUUAUCCCCCAAAGGGAAAACUAUUGCACAAAAAGAGAACUGUUGAAAAAUAAAA